AGACAAGACAACAAGCCAAUGAAAAAAUUGAUGAUGCCUUUCAACGAAUGAAUUCUUUUAAAGAAGGAGGUACGCAAGCGUGCAAUAUAACUAAUUCGAUCGCAUACAUGAUCGCGAAAGAUAAUCUUCCUUUAUUAACGGUAGAAAAUGAAGGUUUUAUACAGUUGAUGAAGACAGUUGCGCCUUUAUAUACGUUACCAAGCAGGAAAACAAUAACAAGAUUAUUAGACGCAAAGUACGAAAUUUUAAAAUGUAAGUUUAUUGAUAAUAUACAACAUAUUUCAUCAUUCACAAUCACAUGUGACAUUUGGACAGAUAUAUCUAACAAAAGUUAUUUGGGUUUAACUUACUUAAAAACUGAGACACUACUAACAAAAACUACUAUAGGUGUGAUUCCAUUAGAAAAAAAUCAUACAUCAGAAUAUAUCCAAGACGAAUUACUUUCGGUGCUUCAAGUUUUCAAAAUUGACUCAUCUACAAUAAAAUCAUAGCUGUUGUUACGGAUAGUGCUCCCAAUAUGGUCAAUGCAAUAAAUAGUGCAUUUGGCGUUAAGAAACAUAUUCCAUGCAUGGCGCAUAUUUUAGCACAUUUAGUUCCUGAUAGUCUAAAGAUAGUAUAUCCUAUAGCAGAAAUCAUAACUAAAGUAAAAAAUAUUGUUACUCUAGUCAAAAGAAGCGUAGUAGCUACUGAUGAAUUAGUACGUUUGCAAAAGCGCGAUGGAAGAACAGAUGGUACUAUUUUAAAAUUUAAACAAGAUGUUCCAACGCGUUGGAAUUCAACAUUAUAUAUGAUUGAACGAUUUCUCAAAUUAAGAGAAUAUAUUUAUCCCGUGAUAUUAAAAUGUCCAACAUCUCCAGAAAUGAUUACGCAUGACGAAUUUGAUAUAUUGACUGAUGUUAUCAAAAUCUUAAUACCAAUUGAAUCAGUAACUAAAGAAAUCGGAGGAGACUUAUAUCCAACAUGUAAUAUGAUUAUUCCGAUAAUACGAUGUAUGACAAAAGUUAUUAAUGAUUGUAUUCCAAUAACUGAUUAUGGUAUAAAUUUGAAAAAAAAUAUUCUAUUAGAAAUUGAACGGAGGUUUCAUAAUAUUGAACGCUAUCAAAUAUUAACAGUCUCUACAAUAUUAGAUCCUAGAUUUAAAAAGAUACAUUUUCAACAGCCAAUAGCUGUAUCAUCUGCAAUUUCUUAUAUUAAUUCUUUAAUGCAAACUACAAAUACAAAUCAAAGUUCUACUUAUACAGCAACAAUUUCAAGUACUGAAUGUAAUGAAACCAACAGUUUAUGGAAUUUUCAUGAUAAUUUAGUAGCAUCAUCUACUAAAAUCCGUGAUGAACCCGGUGGUAUAAAUGUCGAAUUACGACAAUAUUUGAGUCAAUCUGUGAUUCCAAGGCAUAAUGAUCCAUUAAAAUAUUGGCAGACUUUAAAACAUGCAUAUCCUGUGCUAUUUAAUAUAGCAAUAAAAUAUUUGGCAAUUACUGCUACAUCUGUUCCUUCUGAGCGCAUUUUUUCAAAAGCAGGUAUUAUCAAAUCAGACCUUAGAAAUCGAUUAACACCAACAAGGCUUAAUAUGUUACUUUUUUUGGGAUCUUUAAAUCGUGAAGAUUGGGGAUUUAUUUAAAACAAAGUUGAGAUAUUCCUUUUAUUAUUUUUAAUUUUUCAUGCUUGCAUCCUUAAUUUUAUGAAUGGCCUAUUUCUUUCUGCAAUAU